GACCUAACAAGACAUGCAUGUACCUUUUUGUAUUAAAGGAUAAUGUAAAACAAUGAGACUUUUGUUAUAGUUAACAGUUGUAAAUAGGGAAUAAUUAAUCACUUUCCCACAAACAUGUUUGUUCUAUUUCACUUUCCACGUUGCUGAUGAUUAAACAAGCCCUACCAUGACACGAUUCUUAGGAAUCUAAUAUCUGUCUCGGGAUGAUUUUGCAUUUGAUAAAAAAGACCUACGUGGAUGUAAUAACUCCCUUAAUUUGCCAGUGACAGGCACAUGUAGAUUAAAUGGUAAAAACGCGGAGGCAAGAUUCACGUUUAUCAGUGACUGAGUAUUAACCCUUCUUUUUGUUUUUGUUUUUGUUUUUUUUUUUAAGCGAUCCUAUUUGCCCACCCUCAGCACCUGAAAUACAACCAACGAGCAAUCAGAACUCGCCAGUCCCUAAAAAGAUAUGCAAAGAUCCUACGCCAGGAUUAGAAAAAUGUUUUGAUCCUCGCUGCAGUGAAAGAAACAGUUCGCAAGCAUGUGAAGGCGUCGUUGGCUGCUAUUGGUGUAAAAACGACAAAGAUGAUGUACCAUUAAAUCAACCUUACUGCGCUAGUUCAGAAGUGUGCUAUAGAGGCAGAGAAGCUGAUCAGGAACAAUGUCCAUUGGAGGGUCCAAAGGUAACGUCACAACCGCAGCAAGUUAACAAAACCAGAAAUAAAUUUGUCGGUGACGAUGAAGGCAGACGGACCGGAGUUAUUGUUGGAACUGUGAUUGGUUGCACUGCUGUUGUGGCUCUAAUAGUGAUAUUAACGAUCUUGGUAAUAAGACAUCGCCAUAACCUAGGCGGACCACCCAUGAACAAAAACAAGAGCGCUUCAACACGACAGAUUAUCGAUCCUGAAAAUCCAGAUAUUGCUACUCGUCCUCCGGCACCUCUUCCGGAACCAGUGGAUCUUGCAUCUGAUGAGGAUUAUGACGAUCCAGAUGAGUUGCAGCCUUCCCGUAAACCUUCAGUAAUUUCUGUUCAGUGGCCAUCACCUUAUGAUGAAAUAAGAGCCCGGUUUAAACCUCCAGCCCUGCCACCUGCAAGGAAACCAUCCACGACUUCCACCCAAAUCAUUCCUAGAUCUGUAAGCUAUCCGACAUCAUAUCCUGAGAAAAGGAGCGAGAUAGAGUCCAGCAGAUAUCCACAGCCUCCUGUGUCUCCAAUCAGAAGAACAUCGGGCGCUGUCAUGAACACUACUCCACCCAAUUUUGUAGCAGGAAUCUCCUCUACAGACAGAGGGGUACCAGACGUUCCUGAAAAGAAACGCGCAUCUCUUGUAAUUCCACCUCCACCAAUUUCUGAAGAGAAAAGGCCAUCUAAGGACAAGCCAUUGACUCAGCCUGAUAGACCUUCCUCAGCAGCUGCUUACGAGAAAGGGGAGCACCAAUAUAGCAACUUACCCUCACCACGUCCUGAGCCUAAGAGCCCGUCUGAUACCCAUUUGAUGCCACCCAUAGCUGAAGCAAAUGAGCAAAGUAACUCUAACAGGCCGGGUCUACGACAGCGCGAGAGUUGUGAUUCAAUCACCCUUGAUCCUAAUGGCUACAUAACAUUUAUUGCCUCCGAAGGCGAAAGGCUAUCGGAAGACCAGCCAGAGAGUCCUGCAUCUGAUACAAACAUGCUGCCUGAUGGGCCUUCUUCGUCAGCUGUUUUGAAUUCACCCGUCCAUGAACCAAGGGACCCGUCUGAUGACAGUUUGAUACCACGCACAGCUGAAGCAACAGAGCAAUGUGUCUCUAGCAGGCCAGGUCUGUCACAGCGCGAGAGCUGUGAUUCUGUCGCUCUUGAUCCCCAAGGCUACGUAAAGUGCAUUUCUUAGAACGCAGCACCGGACCCAGUUUGAAAGAUCAUUCCCAAACACCGAGACUAAGUAA